AUGCUCUUACGCGAAAGAAUGCGCCAUCGCACUUUGUUGACUCUCCUGGUAGUCGCAUUAGCUGCUUUCGUCGUUGUCGCUAAAGACACUGUGAAGGGUAUUAGUAUCAGCGGUGAGGCCAAGUCGGAAUCUGAGGUACGAGAUGACACCGACUCUCGUCUCUACCUCAAAGCUGCCACUGACUCAUUUGGCCCAGCGACAGAAGAGAGAGGGAUAAGUAUCAAGAUGCCCAGCUUCAAUGGAAUCAAGUCACUGUUCUCCAAGACUUCAAACCUUGGUGCUGGAAUGAAAUAUAGCCCGGAAGUUGCCACGGCACUUAAAACCCCGAAAGUCAAUCAAGCAUUCAGACAUGUGGUAAAGCAACCAGGUAUUGUCCAACGCUUCAGGAAUAACCUGAAGCUGAACAGCCUUGCGUCGCUCCUACGAAGAAGACCAGCUCAGUUCACGUCAAGGCAGGUCACGAAUGUCGGCCACCUCGCGUUUAAGACGAGUUCGUCUCGUACAUUCGGCCAAAUGUGGAAUAAGUAUGGUGCUGCAUUUCUCUUUGUGGUCGGAAUUAUAUUCUUGUUCACGAUGGUGUAUAAGGCGAGUCAGCCGUUUGAACCAGGAUUGGAAAACGACCUCCUUUUUUUUUACAUAAACUGGUUAAUCGAACGAAGAGCAACUGAAUGUACUUUUCUAAGAGCUAUUUUCAAUGUCGCAGCUAGUUAA